UUUUUAAUGGAUUUGCAAUUGCACCUGAAGUUAGCUCCCGCCAAGCCCAAUACAGAUGGCCCACUAAAGGCCCAACGAAGCCGCUCCGAGCCGCCUUCCUAGCUUCGUCCGUCGGCCAGAUCAGCCUUCAAACUAGGGUUUACUCCUCCCGCUCCGAGAAAGCCUACAACUCAAGCUCCUCCGGGCCCUCUCCGUGACACACCUCCACCUCCGCUCCUCCCUGCCGGCGCCCGCCAAGAUGAAGCUCGUCAGGUUCUUAAUGAAACUGAACAACGAGACGGUCACUAUCGAGCUCAAGAAUGGCACGGUCGUCCACGGCACCAUCACCGGUGUUGACAUAAGCAUGAAUACUCAUCUAAAGACAGUGAAGCUUACAUUGAAAGGGAAGAAUCCUGUGACCCUUGACCACCUCAGUGUGCGAGGAAACAAUAUUCGCUAUUACAUUCUUCCAGACAGCUUAAACCUGGAAACGUUGCUGGUAGAGGAGACCCCUAGGGUCAAGCCUAAGAAGCCAACUGCAGGAAAGCCUUUGGGGCGUGGUCGCGGCCGUGGACGUGGACGGGGUCGGGGCCGGGGUCGCUGAGCUUUAUUAUUCCCAGCCUUGGACUCUCUUGCACGACAUGUUCCCUGUGCAAUGUAACCUGCUUUCCCUCCGAGCUAUUUAAAAGAAUGUUGCAUUGUAGCCCUUCCGUCCAACGUGAACCAAAUAUCUCAAUCUUAGUAAUUCUUGUUGUGGAACCACCCUGUCGAUCUGACCUGCUGCUUAUGUACAUCUUAGGUUACAUCUUAAUUGGCUUGGUUCAUUUCUUUC